ACGGCAAUCAGUUGCAUCGUGACCGCGCGUCGCGUUGCGUGUGUCUUUAUCCACACGUCGCGUAUAUCGCGUUACCACCAGCCAUGGUCUCCGUGGGUGCGUGGAGGCGCCGCUCGCCUGACGAUUGCGAGGAACGCUCUGAACCCGGCACCUCCAGUUCCGGAGUUCCCCGUGCGCCACCAAAUUGCGCCAGGUGCCGGAACCAUCGGCUCAAGAUCGAGCUGAAGGGUCACAAACGCUACUGCAAAUAUCGCUACUGCAAUUGUGAGAAAUGCCGUUUGACUGCCGACAGACAGCGCGUUAUGGCGCUCCAAACGGCUUUGAGACGUGCUCAGGCGCAGGACGAAGCUAGAGCGCGGGCUAUAGAGACCGGCGGUCCACCGCCCGGGCUAGAAUUGGAUAGACCGGAGCCGCCUAUAGUGAAAGCUCCGAGGAGCCCAGUGGUUCCCGCCCCGCGGUCUAUAGGCUCGAGUAGUUCAGUGGGUUCGGUGCCGGGAUCCCCGGGAGUGUCGCCGCACGUGCACGCGCCUGUUCCCCAAGUUCCUCCGCAGCCAACUAUGCCACCGCUUCUCCCGCCACAACAGCCCGCGUUGUCAUUAGAACCACUGGUGGAGAACUGUCAUAAGCUGUUAGACAUAUUCCAUUAUUCGUGGGAAAUGAUGCCCCUAGUGCUGGUCAUACUGAACUACGCGGGAAAUGACCUCGAGGAAGCUUCGCGGAAAAUUGAUGAAGCAAACUGGGUGGUCCGGCAGUGGCAGCUGUAUGAACGGUCUCUUUGUUCACUGCUGGAGCUACAAGCACGCAAGCGGCCAAGCGUGUGCCGGCUACCACGGUGCGUGAUCACCCCGGAGUACGCGCCGCACUGGUUGCCGCUACCGCUGACUGCAAGGCAUUCCCCGCCUCCUGCGCACUUGUAGCAUAACGACACGGCACCGCAACUGGUGGUGCAAGACCCUACCGAGCCUUCUGCUGCCUCGGAGGUCAUCGGUGACUAAGCGGCGACUGUGAUGCGACUGCAACUCGCGACUGGGCCAUCCCAGUACCAUACCAUAGAGUUAGAUCUGUAUAAACUUGUAGAUAACAUGUGUCAGUGACACAAAAUGUACCUUAUUUUAAUUUAAUUUUAAUUGCUUGACGCAAACUGGUUAACUAUUGAAGGUAGCUUUAUACUAUGCUCAAAUAAGUAGACUUAUUGAUUGCUUCACUGAUAUGACGAAGAAAGUCAAUGGUAUAACAACAAAAACAUUUACGUUUUUCUAUAAAUUCAGUGAAGAAAUUCAACAUCACAUCGAACAUCACAAAAGCUAUACCAUAUUUCGAAUUCGAAUUUGGAAUUUCACUGAAAAGGUUUCAUUGGAAUGCUUGUAAUACGGCGAUUACAAUAAAACCGAGCCGCCCUAGGAUUGAGGGUGACGCAGGCGGGCGGGGCGAUCCGGGCGCCGCCCAGGACAUUGCGAGGCCUACUUGAAACUAUUGUGAUUGGAACUUGAAUUGCUAAGCCAUUAACCUAUGAAAUUUGGGCUGUUUAUGUCAUGCCUACAAAAAGGUUUUGCUAAAUUUGUACUUAACUUAUUUUAUUAGCAAUACACAUUAAAGAUAUAGCAAUCAAACUAUUAUGAGCCAUAAUGGCAAUUUUUGAACAUUACAGCUUAUAAUUUCUUGAUAUUACUUUAAUAGAUUAGAAUUUCUUUAUAAAUAAAACCUUCGUGGGAUUACUUAAUACAGAUCUAUGAUCUAUGACUACUAUAGAACUGCAAUAGCUCUACAGAAAAUUAACUAUUCAUAACAGAUAACACAUAAGAGGCAUCGUUGUGAAAAUUGAAAAUAAACCUUUAGUAUUUACGUGACGUAACGUAAACGUAAGUAAGUAUUUACUGAGUUACAAAGAAAAAACAAAUUAACUUAAAGAAGCCCAUCUGCGUGACUCUCAACUUAUUCUAAGCAAAAUUUUUCAAUUCAGGCGGUAUUUAUCUGUGAUUUAAUUUUAAUUGGAUUUAAAUGUACUGCUUAUACGGUGUACAAUCGUGAUCAAAAUUUAGAAUUGACGAAAAAUUAAUUUGAUUGUUAAUUAAUCACGCGAGUGUACAUUGUCUGUUUUGUAUGGUCGAUAAGUUAUAGAGGCUUAAAAUGGACCUUUAAAAUACUUUAAGUAUAUUUAGUAACCACACAUUUUUACAAGUUAUUUUCCCCAUACAGAAGUUAUUUUUUUCAAUGAACAAUGUAUGAGAAAAGUAACUCUGAUUUCGCCCGUUCUCUGACCAUACAAAAAAUAGUUAAGGCUUAGCGUUAAAUAUAUUUUUAAUUAACAUGUAUCACGUCAAUUUAUUCCAUCCGUAAUCAAAAUUCUCCGUCAUGAACUCCGUCAUGAACUCCGUCAUUUGGAAGAUCUCAAAUAGUGUUUUCAAAAUUUUACAAUGUUGCUAGUCAAUAAAUAUCACAUGGCCAGUGUUAAAAAUUAUUUUUAUAGUGUGUCUAACAAAUCAUAACACCUUAUAGUUGCGUUGAAUUCAAAUUAAGAACUCUUUUACUCUUUGGUCUCGAAAAUGCGCGCGAAUUUUGAAAAAGGUUUUAUAUUAUAUAUUUGCUAACCAGGAUUGCUAAGAAGCACGAAAUGUUGAUUAACUCAACAUUUUGUAUAUAAUAUUAAUACAUAUUUAUAUCGGUUAAUUAACGAGUUGUACAGCAAUUUUAAAACCCCUUUAAAACUAUAUUCACAGUACUUCGUACCAAGUCAUCAUCAAAUUUGCAUCAGCGUUACAUAUAUUAUAAGUACAUAUAUUGAUUCGACCGAAGAUUUUUUUUUUUUUUGUUAGGGAAUGUCAAAGAUAUUGGUAUUGGUUUUACAGAAUAACGGCUGUCUCCGUAAUUUUGACAGCUGUGUGAAUUAGUUAAAAAGUGUAGUAAGACUAUAUUUUUAGUAUGAGUAAUUGGUGGCAUCUAUAUUUAAACCGUCUUAUUCAUAAAGAAAUAAAGUCUAAUUGCACUCCUUUGACUAAAGUACUUUUUCAUCUCCUGUCAAAUUGUGUUUAGGUACGCUGUGAUUAUGUGAUUGACUAAAUUUUCAGGACCGAUUACAAAAAACGUAUACAUUAUUCCUAACAGGCUAUAUUUUUCCAAAUAAUUUACAGUCGUCAUACUAUAAGGUGUCAUGAAUCUCAAAAUUUGUUAUCGUAAAUUUAUUUUUAGGUUGUGUUUUAAUUAUAAGAUUGAAAUUAUUUUAUAAAUGUGUACCUAAUCAAAACUAACGAGCACUAAAAUUAAUUUAUCGUUGGAAAUUCAAUAUUUUCAUUACGAAUCACUGUUUCAUACGAUUGUACAUAUUUAUCAUAUUCUUCCAAUGUUUUUCAUCAAAUGAAUCCUGUUUCUUAGAUAUUAAGAUCGUGCUAAUUCUGAUGUAUUAUGACUUACUACAAGCUGUCAAAUUACUGGGCAAUAUUGCCAGUUUUCAUUCUUUUUGCGUAGCUUGGAAAUAAUAUUAUUUUGUUUUGAAACUGGUUGAUUGAUUGAUUUUAUGUAAUGGUAUGUAAAACGUUGUUUUUUCAACUGAAUAUUAAACAACUUUUUCUAAAACACCAAACAUUGACAAUUGACAAUGUCAUUUGACAACUUUGAUUUGGUUUUGUUAAAAAGGAGUAGGCAGUUUUGUCAUCACUAUGGUGCAUAGGAUAUUGGGUUCGAAUCCCGGUCUAAUCUUAAAUUAAAAUUACAAUUUGUUCUCCCUCUAUAAGCGUUCGAGGGACCUCAAUCAAGACAUGACGCUUAUGUCGUAAUUUACGACCAAAAAUAUGUGAAUCCUUAUGGUUAUUACGCCUAAGUUCCCUAAUAAUUCCCUUUAGCCCAUAGAAAAACCAGUUAAUAGCAAGAUCGCUUAACUAUCGUAAAUCGUUGUAAUAGAUUAAAGGUACAUACACAAAUUUGAUAUUGCUUUGACAAGUAGUAACAAAUAGUUUAUUAUCAGUGUUCUCGUUAAGGUUCCAAAAUAAACAUGCAUAUAAAUAAACUUGGCAAUAAUCGUAGUGAAAUCUUUUACUACUAAAUUUAAGGAAUACCAAGAAUAAAGAUUCAUGAAUUGUUCUCGACGAUGCCAGAUAUAUAAUGAAACAAUCAGUUGUAAUAUUAUGUUCACUACUCUCAAAUUAUUAAUAUAUGACAGCACUUUCGUAUACAUCAGAAUAAGCAUAACAAUUUGAUUAUAAAUCAUUACAUUCGUACCUACUUCAGCCUAACCCAGGUUUCUAUAUCUAAACUAGUCGUAGAGGUACGAGUCGUAGAUUUUUCUGUAGAACAAAUGCGCUGUAGAUAUAUUCACACGACUCGUACUGAUUACGAGUAGUAAUAAUAAAGAACUUGGGUAUUAGACGUCCUUCAACGAACUGAUAGUCUAAUUGUUAAGUGGGAAUCCUAAUAUUUGUAAGAGUUUUGUAUAUUAUCACUUUAAUUGUGAAACUACAAGUUUUUUGCAUUCAGUUCUUAUACAUAUGAAAAUUUAAUCUAGAUUUUAUUUACAAAAUUUAGGUAUUCGGUAUAAAUUAAAAUUGUCCUAACGUAGUGUUUCCCAACUUUAUUUGUGUCAUGCCCCACAUUAGGCUUUCUAAAAUUCUUAUAAAAUAUGGAACAUACAUAAUCUUUGAUACUAAAUUGAAAUGUUCAAGAAACUCAAACCGUAAGAAGAAAUUACUAGGAGAUUGUUAUCGAAACACAGCAAGAAAAUUUUCGAAUAUUUAUAAUAUGAUGAAAAACUGAAACUCCGAUUCUAAAUAAUUUAUAUAAUAUUCUAUACAUAAAUAUAAUAGCCCCCAAACAAUCAAAUUGCCCCCUGUGGGGCGUGGGCCCCACGUUGGGAAACACUGUCCUUAAACGUGUCCAUCGACUAGACAUACGAAUAUACCCCCUUAAUCAUAAAAACUAAUGAAUUCUAUCACAUUAUUUCAACUUACGGGCUCUUUUCAUAUAAACACAAUUACACAGAGAAUAAGUACUUAAGUUAAAGGUGUGUUUAUGAUGAAGGGUGGUUUUAAAUAUAAUUGUGUAUGGUCUUAUUCACAUUCACAGUUGUAUACAAUUCUUUCGUCCAUAAAUGUCAACGCAUACAUUUUGUGAUAUUCAUUAUUUCUUUAUUGUGCUAUGUACGCAUAAUUAGUUGAUUAGUAUAGAUUGUAGCUGUUAAAGCCAAAGUUUUUAGUUGCUUGAAACUUCCAAGUCCAAAAUCUAUGUAAAUAUAUUAUUCUGUCCUAAUCCUCUUUUGUAAACUAAAUCGGUUCAAUACACUAUUUUAAAAUCCGUCUCCUUUCAAAGACGGAUUUUAUAUAAGACGAAGUGAUUAUUUAAAGGGAUUGAUUUAGUUUUAAAAAGCUAUUUACAAUGUAUGUAGAAUAAAUAUAGAAUAAGUAUGCCAUAUUACAAAUUUAAAGCAGAUAAUAACCACAGGUUCGUAUUUUGACAACAGAUAAUGUCGUAGAAAAAAAUUCAUCCAAAAAAAAUCUGCCAUCGGCGAAGCCAUAACGUUAAUUUAUUUAAAAUUGCCAUAUCAGAAAAAUCUAAUUUCGGAUAUUUUUAAAAUUUCAUAACGUAAAGGUUUAAAAUGACACUUGUUAUUAUCUAUGUUACAUUGUUAGAGUGAUAUGUAAGCUUAAUCUGUAAAUACCAAUUACUAUUCUUAAAAUUAUUAUUAAGUAUUAGGUAUAUUUUACAGGUACCUAUAAAUAUGAUAUUAAUUAUGUAUUUUCCUAUGUAUUCUCUUGGAAUAGAUUAAGAUAACCCUUUUUGCAAACCUUGUGAACAGUAACGGAUUUAAAUAACUAUAUUGUAAAUGAGCGUUUUCGUUAGGUUUUGAAUUUCUUAAGCAAUGUUUUUAUAGUAAUAAUUCUGAAAUAAACAAUUUGGUGAUCGUU